UAUAAAAUUACUAUUUAUAUAGCGUAAUAUUGAAAUUAAUAUUAAAUUAUUGCUCAAAGUCGACAAUAUGAUAUACAUAGGUUGUAAUACAUGUAAUAGCGGAUAUAUAUAAUAAUAUGUACAUGUAAUAAGUUGUAAUAAGUUCAUUUAUGUUUUCUUUAAAAAGCACGUCAAGUGUUAUUAUUAUUACAUAAAAUCAAAUGAUUGAUUGAACCAACGAGUAAUUUAUUUAUCUCACUUUAUUGUAAAUGCAGAUACAUGUAUUGCUUCUGUAUUUAAAAGAAUGAAUUUACUACAAAUUACAAUAAUUGCUAAAAAAAUCUCGCACAAAAGAAAAUACCAUGUAUUAUUAAUAUUUUAUUUAUGGAAUGAGUUAUUUAUAAAAUUUCCCGCGUUCGAUGCGCAGAUAAUACUGCACAUUCCACGAUGCUGCCACUGGUGAGGUAUUCGUGAAGUUGUUUACAGCCCCGUGCAUUCAAACACCGGAAAGAGGUAUGGGUAUGAGCAAGUUCAUCGGGUUCGUCGUGGGUGGCCUGGAAGCGAACGGAACGUGUGUGUGGUCCGAGCGUUCGUAUACUGGAUGCGACUGUCGCGAGCGUAGAAGAUGCAAGACGCUUUGUCCGAACGAAACGGAGAGCCUUCUCCGUGGCACUGCAUAGUCGUUCAGAAAAUAAUUGGCGUGUAGUUUUAAGUGAUGCGUCCGAAGAUGACGCUCCUAUUGAUUUAUUAUUUUUUAAUCUUUCAUCGAGCGUCGUCGGAACUGGCGCACGGGUUCCCUACUAAUUCGAAUAGUAAUAAUGAAACAUGGAAACAUGGUUUAGAAUUGAGUCCCAGGCACAGGAUUAAGGAUUCCACUUAUCUGCUGGACAGAUACCCCAUGAGAGAAUUACCACCUGAUUCUUUAAAUUGUCAUAGAGCAGCAAAAUGUGUAGAAAUGCAGAGAAGUACUUGUAUGGGUACAAGAUUGUCAUAUACCACUACUACAUUGGAUCUUAUACCUGAACAUGUAACCCAAGAUAUUGUAGAGGAAAAACUACAUGUAUUGCAAGCAUUAAGACAUAUGCCAAAGUGUUGGGCAGUUGUUCAACCCCUCCUGUGCUCAAUAUUUAUGCCAAAAUGUAUCAAUGACACAGUGGAUUUACCAUCACAAGAGAUGUGUAAAAUGGUUUCAGGACCGUGUAGAAUCGUGUUCAAUCACACAAUAUGGCCAAGUUUUGUUAAAUGUGAAAAUACAGAUUUAUUUCCCAGACUAUGUAAAAAUGAUAUUAGAGAAUUGAAAUUUAAUAUUUCUGGUAAAUGCCUAAAGCCAUUAGUUCCAACUGAUAAUGCACUUGCUAUUUUUGAAGGAGUUGAAGGUUGUGGAACACAGUGCAAUGAUCCACUUUUUACACCAGAUGAGCAUAAGCAAAUUCAUUCUUUUAUUGCCUGGGCUGCAGGCAUCUGUGGUUCAUUCAAUUUAUUCACAGUUAUAACAUUCUUAAUUGACUGGAGAAGUGCAAAUAAAUAUCCAGCUUUAGUUGUAUUUUACAUAAACUGUUGCUUUAUGAUGUCCUGUAUUGGAUGGCUUGUUCAAUUUACAGGAAGCAGAGAAGUAAUUGUGUGCAGGAAAGAUGGAACCUUAAGAAUGAGUGAGCCGAGUGGAGAGAAUUUGUCAUGUGUUGUAGUGUUUGUUCUUGUGUAUUACUCUCUUAUGGCAGCUAUGGUAUGGUUUGUGAUCCUUACAUAUGCUUGGCAUAUGAGUUUUCAAGCAUUAGGCAAAAUCCAAGACAGGAUUGACAAGAAGGGCUCAUACUUCCAUUUAAUCGCUUGGUGUUUACCACUUGUCCUUACUGUUACAAUCAUGGCAUUAGGGGAAAUUGAUGGAAAUAGUGUUACUGGUAUAUGUUUUGUGGGUUACACUAAUCAUGCAGUCAGAGCUUGGUUUUUGCUUGGCCCUGUGUUGAUUGUCUUACUCGUUGGAGGUUAUUUCUUAUGCAGAGGAUUAAUUACUUUGAUUCGACUAAAAAUAAGCAGUCAAGAAAUCAUAUCUGAAAGAGCAAGUUCUAAAAUACGAGAGACCAUUGUGCGCACGGGAUUAUUCUCGAUUUUCACAUUCGCUGCAGUUGUGGUGACUUUUUAUUGCCACAUUUACGAAUUUCAACAUUCGGAAGAAUGGCGUCAGAGUUUUAGAAAUUACAUGAUAUGUGCAAUAACAACAAAGUAUUUGGAUAUUUCGGAAUGUAAAAUGGAAGUACGACCGAGUGCAGCUAAAAUGCAAUUACACUUGCUUUCACCAUUUUUUGCUGGUAUUCUUAUGUCUUCAUGGGUGUGGACUGGUUCAACUGUAGAUACUUGGACCAGAUUUCUUAGACGAACAUUCAACUGCGAAACAGAAGAGCCUAUUAGACUGAAGAAACACAAAGUAAUUGCUCAAGCGUUUGCAAAACGGAAGACAUUCAACAACGCUGGCCGAUUGUCUAUUAGCUUCCAUAACACCCACGAGGAUCCAGUCGGUUUAAACUUCGAUCUAAACUCUGUAGCUUCUCAGGAUUUCAGUUCAACGUGGGCAGCUGCUUUGCCAAAGCUAGUUACUCGUAGAGGUGCACUCGUUGGUGGUACAACGGGCUCUGUAUCUAGUAACAGGAGAAAUUCUGUGGAUUCUGAAAUCAGCUUUAGCGUACGUCGGGUGUCCGUGGAAUCUAGAAGAAACUCUUUGGACUCACAAAUAUCAGUUCAAAUAGCUGAAUUGAAGACAACGCGGAAAGUCGCUAGCAGUUCACGCGGUCGACGCGGGAAACGACGACGAGACUUCGGAAAAUCUAGAUCAGGUAAAGUAGGUCCGCUGUUUAGAAGAGGCAGUACGACAUCACAGGAAAGUCAGCUCGGUGCACAGAUAUUAUCGGCGUUGACUAUAGGUGGCAAUUCGAAAGUACCGCCCAUUCAAGUGCCUAAUAUGAAGAGACGAUCGGCUAGCGCUGGUUUGGAUGACCGCGCCUUGAAUCCUAAACUAUUCGAUGGGAAGAAUGCUGGGAUGCUGCUUCCGUUUCUAUUUCCAGGGCAAAGUGGCAGUGAUGAGAAUUUAAGUAGUGAGGAGAAACGGCAUCAAGAAAUAUCAGGAAAAGACGUGGAUAUCGAAGGAGGAAAUAUGGAAAAGGACGAUCAAGACAGUGACAGUGAUGACAGUCAACCAGAAGAAGAAGCUAAAAUGUUAGAUCCUGAAGAACCUCAUGAACGUAGCAAGAGUAAAAUUAGCAACAAGAGUUCGAAAAGUUAUGGUCACGAGAGUGAUAGGAGGAGCAGAGAAGGCCGUAGGAGCAAAUAUUUGCUCCAAGAUGAAACCAUUUUAAAGCACUUGUUUCAAGAAUCCAGUGAUAUUAAGUUGAAAAGCGACGCAGAAAUAAAAGAGGUAUAUAGAAAAGCUGGAAUGGGAAAUCUGGCAUCUAGUUUAAACUCGUGUUCUCCUGAAUUGACAAGACUAAUGCAGUCCGAGGCACAGACUGGCAAUGCUCGAGAAAUGGCAACGCAGACAUCGUUGCCAUUGGACAUUUUAGAAAUGGAGGAAUUAAAACAGAGCAUAGACGAGAUUAUCAAUAGCCGAAAUUGUAGCUCAAAGGGAACACAGAUCUCACCGCAAUUAAAUAAAAACAAAAAUAUCACUACGUAACGUCAGUAUUUCCUCCGACUUUACGUACAAAAACUUUUUGUAAAAAUGAUUUGCAAUAGAGUGAAGUUCAAAAUC